AUGGUGCCGGAUGCUUCGAGGUGGAGUUGGAGAGUUGGGCAGGUUAUAUCUUCCAUUCCAGGAAGAGUGGACCAGCUGUUUGAGGAAGGAACAAGGUUCGUGCUAGGGAAGGGGGACUGUAUUCGGUCUUGGAAGGAUGAGCAGUGCUACCUGGCGAUUUUCUCUCUCGUGGUGAACAAGGAAGCUUGGGUUUUAGCUCUUCUCCUGCUCACUGCUGGCAGAGAUCCUGGUAUAAUACCUCGCAAUGUGCAUCCUCCAGAGCCAGAAGGCUUUGAAGGAAGUACCGAAGUUGGAGGAGGUCAAACCCCCCCACUACGCUUACCUCGCACGAAGGACGUCUAUGUCAAUGGAAUAUCUGUAAAGGUCAAUAUCCUCAUCGCACUGGAUCCAUCAGUUCAAUGGUCUGGAUUUAGUGAACGAUGGGCCCAAAUUUUCAGAGGGUGGCAUCAUUAUGCUGUGUAUCUGGAGGUUCAGGCUGCUGAAAGAUAUGGCUCUCUCUCCAAUAUAGUCACUUACAAUGUUCUUUUAAAUGGGUUGUGUCGGAAAUCUAGCUUGCACCCGGAAACCCGGUUCGAGAGAACUAUUCAGGCUGCGGAGAACUUGUUUGAAGAAAUGCAAAGAAGAGGGGUGGAGCCAGAUGUUACAAGCUACUCAAUAGUUUUGCAUGUUUAUAGCCGUGCGCAUAAGCCUGAUUUGUCACUUUGGAAAUUAGGGCUGAUGAAGGAGAGUGGGAUUAGCCCGACAGUUGCAACAUACACUUCUGUUAUUAAAUGCCUUUGUUCAUGCGGGAGAUUGGAAGAUGCAGAGAAAUUGCUCGAUGAGAUGGUGGGGAACGACGUUUGUCCAUCUGCUGCGACCUAUAAUUGUUUCUUUAAGGAGUACCGUGGAAGGAAGGAUGCUGAUAGUGCUUUGAAAUUGUACAGGAAGGUGAGGGAAUUGUUGAUUUCAGAACCUAGCAUAUUGAGUAUAAAUUCAUAUAAUAUUUUGGUUGGAAUGUUUUCUAAGUUGGACCGGAUGGAGAUAGUGCGGGAGUUAUGGAAUGAUAUGAAAGAGAGUGGGGUCGGGCCAGAUUUGGAUUCAUACACAUUGUUGAUUCAUAGGCUUUGCGACAAACAAAAAUGGAGAGAGGCUUGCCAGUUUUUUGUGGAGAUGAUAGAGAAGGGUUUCCUUCCACAGAAGACCACAUUUGAGACAUUGUACAAAGGGUUGAUACAGUCUGAUAUGUUGCGCACUUGGAGGAGAUUGAAGAACAAGCUUGAGGAAGAGUCGUUGAAGUUCGGUGUAGAUUUUCAGCAAUAUCAUUUCAAGCCUUAUAGGAGAUGAUGAUACCGAAGGUCUUGGAGUAUGAGAUUGUUGUGCUACUACCGUUAGUUUGCAAGAGGAUCAAGCCGCUUGGUUGGAAGAGAAUUCUUUCAGGAGUUGAAGAGAAUUGUCUGGGACUUUUUCUUUUUUUUUUUUUUCUUCUAAGGAUUGUUGGGAUACCAUCAAUGCCGACUUCAUGAGUUUCACUUUCUCUAUCAUGUUUAAUGGAUCCCCAAUUGGGCUCUUUCCUAGUUCCAGAGCGUUGCAUCAGGGUGACCCUCUAUCACCUCUUUUAUUUAUGAUUGUAGCAGAGAUUUUGAGCUUAUUGAUGUCUACGGCAGUUAAGAGUUACAGCUUCUCAAAGGAUUUGAGUUUGGAGGUCAGGAGCUUUUGAUUUCCGAUCUCCAAUUCGUAAACUAUCAGCUGAUUUUGUGCGAGGCAUCUGUGCAUCAGCUCUAGAUUGUCAAAAUGGUGCCAGAUGCUUCGAGGUGGAGGUUUGGAUGAAGGGGCUGGUUCCCAGGGCCACUUGGCAGAAAUGUUGAGUCGAAUAUUUGGAAAUCUAUGGAUUUGAUCAGUUGGAGAGUUUGGCAGGUUAUAUCUUCCAUUCCAGGAAGAGUGGACCUGCUGUUUGAGGAAGGAACAAGGUUCGUGCUAGGGAAGGGGGACUGUAUUCGGUCUUGGAAGGAUGAGCAGUGCUACCUGGCGAUUUUCUCUCUCAUGGUGAACAAGGAAGCUUGGGUUAGCAUCUUUUGAGAUGGUGGGAGGUGCUGGAGUGUGGAAUGUCAUGCUGAGGCAUAACUUACAUGAAGAGGAGGAGGCAGACUUCAUUGUCAUUCUGAAAUCUUAAAGCACAGUCAGGUUGGACUGAUCAGAAAAGGGUUGCAAGGGGUGGAAGUAGAGUCCAGGUGGCCUGUUUGUCUCUAAAUCAUUAAUGCACAGGCUUUGCAAUUAGAGAGUUGCUCAUCACCUGUGUGCCUUUAUGUGGAAGGUCACUAUCUCUCCCUGAGUGCAAGCAUUCAAGUGGACGACAGCAGCAAACAAAAUCCUCUCAGUCGACAACCUUGAAGAAAUGAAAUAUAGCGAUGCUGAACAGGUGGGUCAUGUGCAAGAAUAAUGAAGAGUCGGGGGACCGUCUUUUCAUUGGUAGCCCAGGCAGUUUGGUCUCAUGUUGGCAACUUUUUGGAAUCAAGUGGAUCGCGCAUGGUUCCUUGAUGUUAUCACAGGUUGGGCAGCAGACCCGUUUUCUAAUCGUGGUAAGGUUUUACGGAAGCUCCCUUUCGCAAUAUUUAGGGGGAUUUGGAAAGAAAGGAACGGUAGAAUUUUCAAAGGCAAAGCCCUUUGGAUUCCUUUUUUUCUUCUUCUUCUUUUUAACGAUAUGUGGUGGGCUUGUAUUUUUGGUUUUGUUUGCUCUCUCCGUGUGGAAUGACGAGAGGGUCACUCGUUCACCUUUCAAUUCGUAAUGUUGUCCUCGUUGUAAUGAAUUUGUUAUCUUCUCAAAAAAAUUAAAAAAAAAAAAAAAAAGAGGAGGAGAAAGCUGAUUGUCGAAGUGGUCCUCUAAUUCUCGUUUAAACCAAAGUUGAGUUGCCUAUUCACGAUUCACAUUCACAAGAAUGGUUGAGAUGACACAAUUAGUAGAGCAUUGUUUUACCAGCUGAGUUGAAGAGAUCACACACAACACACAAGAUAUACCUUUUAUCUGAUUCCAAUAACUAAUUUCAAAGAGUGAUGAUAGAAAAGGUCUUUGACAGAACGUAAGCGAACCCCAGAACAAAUUUCAACCUUCAAUUAAUACUAGAUCUCAUCACUUGCUUAUCCUUAACACAACCCUAUAUAAGUUAAUAUUUCUAUCUUUAA